CGGCGUCGCAUGGAGUUGUCACAUCUGUCGCGAGUGGCCUUGGAGGUCUGUUGUUUGUGACCCGAUUGAUGGGGAGGGAUGAGGAUAGGUACGUGACCUAGAGGUUGGAGCACUUCGGGCCAUGAGCACCUGGGAUGCAAUUCAAGAAAGCCGAUCGUCGACCGGACUAGACCCAAAGCGGAAGCCCGCCUGCGCGCGUGUGACGACCUGGACAAUCCACCUAGAAUCUCUACUGUAUCUUCCAGGUCCUGGUCGAUCAAAUCAUAUUUCAUAUUGUAGAUCGGCUUUGAUCGCAUCGAACACUGCUCAGAGAUAGAAUCACAGACUAAUAAUUUGAAAUUUGAAGCGUUGCUGGAUACAGAAU